AUUUCAAAACCCCCCCAUCCCUCCUCUCCCCAAGUCUCUCUCUCUCUCUCUCCCAAAAUACUCAUUAACACUUUUUUCACGCAUAACAACAAUGUGCCAGCUAAACUUCUCUCCCCUCUCCUCUAAAUGCCGUUGCCAACUCCCAACCAAGGACCCAGAGUCCAGCAUGCACGAGCCAUUUUUGAUCACCGAAAGCCCAACACCCAAACAACAGCAGCUGGAACAUAGACCGCCACCAGAAUUCCAGGAGCCACCACAAAAGACACACUUCUCUCUUGCCAUCAGAGAAGCCAUAUCCAUUGCCAAAAUAGCCCUUCCUAUGAUACUCACUGGUCUUUUGCUUUACUCUCGCUCGAUGAUCUCUAUGCUUUUCCUUGGUCGCCUUGGCGAGCUUGCUUUAGCCGGUGGAUCUCUUGCCAUCGGCUUUGCUAACAUAACUGGCUAUUCUAUCCUCUCUGGCCUCGCCAUGGGAAUGGAACCCAUUUGUGGUCAAGCAUUCGGAGCCCAAAAACACAGCCUUCUUGGUCUAACUUUGCAGAGAACUAUACUUUUGCUAAUAUUCACUUCCUUACCCAUUUCUCUUCUGUGGUUAAACAUGAAAAGAAUUCUUCUUUUUUGCGGCCAAGAUUUGGCAAUUGCCACAGAAGCUCAGUCAUUUCUUCUUUAUUCUCUUCCUGACCUCUUAGCUCAAUCCAUUUUACACCCGUUGAGAAUUUAUCUGAGAACUCAAUCCAUAACCUUGCCUUUAACAUUUUGUGCUACUCUAUCAAUUCUUCUACACAUACCCAUAAACUAUCUUCUGGUGACACACCUUAAUUUAGGAAUCAAAGGUGUUGCUCUUAGUGGGGUAUGGACUAAUUUCAUUCUCGUAGGCUCUUUAAUCGUCUACAUCCUUAUCUCCGGUGUCCACAAAAAGACCUGGGGAGGGUUUUCCAUAGAGUGCUUCAAAGAAUGGAAAACUCUUUUGAACUUGGCCAUUCCAAGCUGCAUCUCAGUGUGUCUUGAAUGGUGGUGGUAUGAAAUCAUGAUUUUGCUAUGCGGGCUGUUGUUGAACCCAAGAGCAACCGUUGCCUCUAUGGGCAUUCUGAUUCAGACUACUUCACUAGUAUACAUAUUUCCAUCUUCUCUAAGCUUCAGCGUAUCCACAAGGGUAGGUAAUGAACUGGGUGCUAACCAGCCCAAGAAAGCAAAGCUCGCAGCCAUUGUAGGCCUCUCUUGCAGCUUCAUUCUGGGAUUUUCAGCUCUAAGUUUCACAGUUACGGUGAGGAAAAUAUGGGCUAGCAUGUUCACACAAGAUAAAGAGAUUAUUGCCUUAACAUCACUUGUUUUGCCGAUAAUAGGAUUGUGUGAACUAGGAAACUGUCCACAAACAACAGGCUGUGGAGUGCUAAGAGGGACGGCUAGACCGAAAGUAGGGGCAAACAUCAACUUGGGUUGCUUCUACCUUGUUGGUAUGCCAGUGGCAGUAUUUUUAGCAUUUUUUGCAGGAUUUGAUUUCGAAGGACUAUGGCUAGGCCUCUUGGCUGCACAAGGCUCCUGUGUUGUGACCAUGUUGGUGGUUUUGGGUUGCACAGAUUGGGAAUUUCAAGCCCGAAGGGCUAAAGAGCUGACCGGAACUGUGGGCGUUGUCAUUGAUGAUGUUGAUGACAACCAAGAGAUUGAGGAAAAGAAGCCAUCUAAACCUGAAAUCAAGGAGGAUUCUUUAUAUAAUUAUAGUGAUUCAUAUAAGUCACCAGUUUAAUUAAAUCUUUCUUUUUUAAUUUCUUGUUUUUGGGUCCGUGAUUUUGUCCUAAGUUGUACAGAGGAGUGGAGGAGAGGGAAUAUUUGAUUUUGUCUUUUUCUCUUUGGGCCUGGGAGUAUUUACCAUCUGCUGCUACGUCCAGUGAAAA